UAUUGCUACCCGCUUCAUAACUUCUGCUUUGCAGAAAAUGCUCUCGACCACGCCACGUACACAGACCCUCUUCUUCACAACGUUGUCAAGAUAUUUCAAGGCUGUAGCGAUAAAAGUUUUCUUAUGAGAAAUCCAGCCAUGGCAUUGCAAGCAGCGUUGGAUGACGUUCGGCUUACGGACUGGCCUUACGACGAAGAACCGAUGGACGUGGAAGUUCCCGAGGUCAUCGCAUUUGCUGCCCGCAAGCUGGCGGUGCACCCGUUCUUCGCUCCAUCUCUUGAGACCGACUCCACCACUGGGUCGGGAUGGGUGUUUGUGUUUCGAGAGCCCAAGGCGGUGAUUCCAGAAGACGCCUACGUCGCAGGCGACGUUGUAGUGACGUACCAAAAGCUGGUGACGAAGGCUAUGUCGCUCGUGAACAGCGACAAAAAUAUACAGGCGCUUGCCGAGCCGGUCCUCGACGUAGACCAAGAAGUGUACAAGAUGGCGGAGAAGAGUCGCCGGCUUACUGACUACACCAGAGAGCAUCACCGCAAGUCUCUUCCGCAUCUCGACAAACGGAGAGAGUUUGACGUUGGAUCGUUUCUAAGCACGUUGGUUGAUGGAAUUACGGUCUUGGAUUCGGAAGUGGAGUUUGUCAUCCCUACCGCAACGUUUUUGGAGGACGUGCAGAAUAUCACGAUCGCCUUUGAGAAGAAUGUCCUGCUGAACUACAUCGGCUUCCGUGCGGUGCUGGCCCUGUCUCCGCUGCUACCGCACAACGACGGCCGCGACCUGGCGCACCUGCAGUUCGCGCGCGAGAUACCGACGCGCACGCCGGCCAAGCGCUGGCGCUUCUGCCUGCGCCUGCUCGAGGCCGUCUACAAGCUGCCGCUUCUUCAACUGCAGGUGGACUCGUUCGAGAAGAAGGACAACUUCCACACGAUCAACAGGACCAUGGAGCUCCUCAAGAAGCACCUCUUUCGAACUGUGCGUAACUCCAGCCGCUUCGGACAGAGCCAGAGGCAAGCGAUUAUCGCCAAGCUACGUGACUUGAAGGUCCAGUCCUUUAGCAGCCACUUUAUCGGCGACUCAGAAGUUCGCGAGAGACACUACCAUGGGGUGCCUGACGUCGACCCGUCGAAUGUUCUUACCGACUAUGUUCAAACACUGAACAUCUUCCUCAAGAACUACUGGAGCUACUACGGCAGCCUGGGUCCUCAGUUUCGAUGGCACGGCUCGAUCUUUGACACGGCUGCUACUUACAACCACUUCGAAAAUACGCUGUACAUACCUCCGUCAUUGUUUAUGGAAGACGUCAAGUACAACACCUAUCAUUCGCCACUCUACUUCCCUCGGAGCGGCCGGCGUAUCAUGGAAGGCUUGUACAGUAUGCUUGAAAGAGAAGCUUCCUUCUUCGGGCCGCAUAACGAGGUGGUCAAGACCUCGAGCUGGGAUUACACCACCACCGACGGCUACCUGUCUCUGCGCGGCUGCCUCAAGGAGCAGUUCCGGAAGGCUGCCAUGCCGCACCUGGUGCCUGGUUUGACGAGCGCGUUGCAACCCUCGCGACCACUGCGCCAGGACGUCAAGGAUAACGCCAUAAUCAAUGUCGUCCUCGAGGCCUUCAAGGAAACCAUGCAGGACUUUGGUUACAAGCCCGGACUGUUCAUACUUCCUGGUUUCGCGGAAACAUCGAUGGAUCAACUUUUCUUCCUCCUCUACGGCACGAGCCAAUGCGAGGUGACUUCCCAAGAAGCUGCGCUGGCGGAUGAAAUCAUUAGCGCAUCCCAUCCGCGACGUUAUCGGGUUAAUCAUGCUCUGCAAAACAGCAGAAUAUUCUCCGACGCCUUCAUGUGUGCCAACAACACCGACAUGAACCCGAAGAACAAGUGCAAAGUGUGGUGAUUCGCAAGGCACAGGCACGCUUGGAAGACGCUACUCUUUCCUUCAAAUGCUGAAAGUUUGUGCUUUGAAAACUGAACAGUCGAAGGCAGGCAUGGUGACAGAAGCGGCCAUGUUGUUCAGAUUUGUGCACAGACUUGUGCAUCUUUUUUUCCUCGUUUGAGAGUUUCUCUAUUUCUUUUUCUUUUUUUAACGCUCAAGAAAACUGCUUUUUUGUGAUGUGAUGUUUUGUAUUUAGUGGUGCAAGAAAAAAAAAA